AUGGGUGUCAUUGAUCCCAAAUUGACGAAUGUACGCAAAACUAGACUCAAGUAUUACAAAGUGAGAGGCAUGUGCAAAGGGAAGAGGUGCAUUAUUAAGAAGAGCAAAGUUGAGAGCUAUAAAGCAAAUCAAAACGAAAGUGUAUGCUGCACUGGUUGGGCCUACUCCGCCGUACUUGACGCCUGUUCUCCAACCUGCAGUAUGGGUUGUAUUGGAGGUCGAUGUGUUUCUCCAGAGGUCUGCCAUUGUGAUCCUCCUGCCACAUUGCAUCCACUGCACAACAAUAUAUGCAUCACCUGCGACCCUCCAUGCGAAAACUCGAAAUGCGUUAACAACACCUGCAUCUGUUUUGAUGGUUAUCAGAAAAUAAAUAACACUUGCCAACCGGUUUGUGACUCCUGUGUUCACGGAUCGUGUGUGGCUCCGAACAGUUGUCAAUGUCUUCCAGGCUAUGGUGGUGAGAAUUGCGAGCCUUUAUGUGAUAUUUGUGUUAAUGGUGUUUGCGUUGAACCAAACGUGUGCUCGUGUAUGGAGGGAUAUCUAAGAAAUGCUAGCGGCUGUUAUAAACCUUGCCCGAAGGACUGCAAGACUUGUAAUAGUCAAGGCGAGUGUCAGGACGGGGUUUGCGACGGAUUCUCGAUCAAGGGAAAAAUUUUAGAAAGAUGCUGUGAUGGCUGGGAGUAUGACAAUCGAAUGCGUCGCUGCAAGCCUUCCUGUCUCAGCGGUUGUGGGGACGGCGAAUGUGUUGAACCGAACAGAUGUGAAUGUAAAGCACCACUUGUACUAAACAGCAGUAAAAAAUGCGUCAAUCCAAAACCACACUGUGACUUGCCUUGCACGAAUGGUACCUGCACAGCGAACAAUGUAUGUACAUGCCAUGCUGGUUAUACACAGAAAGACACGUACACUUGUGUACCAAAGUGUGAACAGCCCUGUAUAAACGGUGUCUGCGUUGAACCUGACACUUGCCAAUGUUUGGAUGGGUUUGAAUCUCAAGGAAAAUGGAAAUGUGAUCCGAUAUGUAAUGAUUGUAUACAUGGUAAAUGUGUCGCACCGAACACAUGCCAUUGUGAUAGUGGAUACACUAAAGUGAACGGCAAAUGCUUACCAGUAUGUGACAGCGAAUGCCAAAAUGGAUUUUGUUCGGGACCAAAUAAAUGCGAAUGUAAUUUGGGAUAUGAGAUAGAUCCUUUAGACAGAUUCACUUGCCGCCCGGUCUGUAAUCCGGCUUGCGUGAAUGCUUCGUGUGUGUUCCCAGGCACAUGUUCCUGUUACCCAGGAUAUGAAUCACUUACUGCAAAUAUCUGUAAGCCAAAAUGUGAUGACUGUUUGAAUGGAGAUUGCAUUGGACCGAACGAAUGUCGUUGUCACGAAGGUUAUGAAUUGAUCGGGACAAAAUGCAGGCCUGUGUGUAGUCAGAUAUGUGUGAAUGGAUUUUGUUCAGCACCAGAUACCUGUAGCUGCAAUAAUGGUUACGAAUUGGAUGCUAGCGAUAAGUUUAGUUGCAAUCCAAUUUGUAAAGAAAAAUGUGUUAAUGGAACGUGUGUAAGUCCUGAUGUAUGUCAAUGCCUUGAAGGCUACGAAAAAACUAGCAACGAAAAUUCUUGUAAACCGAAAUGUGCAAAUUGUGAACAUGGGCUUUGCAUACGUCCUGGUGUUUGUUCGUGCGAUGACGGCUAUGUUUUAUAUAGUAAACAAUGUGUCCCCGUUUGCUCAAGUUUGUGUAUAAAUGGGUAUUGUAAAUCACCAAAUGAAUGUGGUUGUCACGAAGGUUAUAUUAGAAAUUCUUCGGAUCCCUCUAUGUGUUAUAAGCCUUGUUCUGGCCCAUGCAACAAUGGCAUUUGUAACAGACACGGAAACUGCAUUUGUGAUCCCGGCUACAAGUUAGAUGAAAAUGAAUCAUGCGUCGCCAUACCAAUAGUCCAUUGUGAGAACUGUAAUGGUACUUGUGGAGAUGAUGGUGACUGUAAGUGUUGGGAUGGUAACACGUGUUCCAAUGUCACCCUUAUCGAGCCAGCAAGUGUGAAGUCAGCUGAAGGGUUAGCGGGUUUACAAUUAACGUGGCUGCUGGGAGGUUGUGUAAGUUUCCUUCUUCUCGUUCUGGUAAUCGGGGUCAUCGUACAAAUGUGGAGGAAGAGACAAGAAUUCGUCACGAAAUCCGUUGAUGGCGUAGGAGGUAACCAGUACGGCAGUGUCGUUUACACGGUCCCAGAUACUCUUAUGAAACGAAAUAUUAGCGAAGAAGCCUAUAGCGAUAAUGAUGAUGUUGAGGAAGUAACAGCCCAGGAUAAACUCGAAGCGGCAGAACGUCUUCUGGCGAGCCAAAUAGUUUUCGAACAUGAUAAAAUUUAG